CAUGGUACUCAUCCGUCAGAGAAAAGUGGGCGUACUGCGCAGGACGUACCAUGUGGGGGCGUUGGUUUCCUGUACCGCGGGGCCGGCGACCCGGACUACUGGACUGGUGGCGACAAGGAUUAGGUGCAUGUGCUUCUUCUCGCACGAGUCCAUUUCCCGUUCAUUGCCGGGAGACGAACAAGGUGAGCCGCGACAGCAGCCGGUGUGCUUCCUCCUCCCCCUGGAUCUGCUCAUGCCGUUCCCCGGAGCAACUACCUCGGCAGCGUUGGCCUCUGGAUCUAUCUUGGCUGCUAGGGGUGCAGGUGCGCACGACGCGCCGUGCGUUAUGGGCGGCGGCGCCGACGUUGUGCCCGAUUCGGCCAUUGGCUCGUCGGAUCCGGCCGUCGGCCCGGUCUCGCCGGACGUGCCUGAGUUGGAUCAAGGGGUGGGCUUGGCUGAUGGCGAAUUUUCCGGGGCAUCCUGCAAGACCUUCAGCUCUGGAGGCGGGGAUGUGGCGUCGGGAUUGGCGACUCCAGCCGGCGUCUCGCACAACUCCGCCCAGUCCAGCGGCUGCAGUGGCCCGGCGGAUUCGUGCACGACAUUCAGUUCAGGGGGCGUGGUCCAGCCGUCGGGAUUGGCGACUCCAGCCGUCGUCUCGCACAACUCCGUCCAGUCCAGCGGCAGCAGUGGUGCGGCGGAUUCGUGCACGACAUUCAGUUCUGGAGGCAUGGUCCUGCCGUCGGCACGGGUCGGCGACGGGACGCCGGCCGUCGUCUCGAGCUGCGCCGUGCAGUCCGCACGUCACAGCGGCCCAGCUUCGGCGAACACCACCAUCCGCGUAGGUUGGAAGCGCAGGCCAAGAGGUCCUAGUGCUCCAGACGAGAGGGCUGUAGUAGCUGAUCGUGUGCCGCCACUGGAAGCUGCUAUUCGAGGGUUAUAGGGGGACUGAGGUGGUCGUGAACCCGCAGCGAACACCGGCGCUGUAGGAGCGUCACUGCCCACCGACUGCCUUGGCGAGCAGCAGGAGGAGCGUGAACAAGCAAAUCAUCAUGGUGUUCCUGGUUGCGAUGCGUACAUCCUCCAUGGCCCCGCCGAUACCGAACAUCACGUUGGUCCCUCCUCCGGCAGCCUUGAUGAGAAGGUUGAUGCCAACACCUGUGAUGAAGAACGCGUACUGGUCCUCCCACAACCAGAAGUCGCACAGGCCUCCGUCCUGCGUCAGUUCAAAAACUGUACGAUGAACAAGAGAACGCAAAGCAAAACGCCGGAUACUGCAGCAA